UGGAAGGCGGGGCGGGGCGGGCGCUGUGCUCGAUGGCGGCGGGGCAGCCGGCGCUGUGAGCCGGGCGGCGGGCGGUCCGCGCUCCUGGGCCCGGCCGCUGGACGAUGCCCCGGGACGCAGCGGCGGCCGAGCGCAGCGGAGCGCGGGGCCCGGAGGCGUAGGAGCGGCCGAGACCGGGCUGUGAGGCGUGCAGUGCGCGGUGGGGCCUCCACGUCCUGCGCGCAGACGUCGGCUCACCAUGGGCGCCUUCCUGGAUAAGCCCAAGACGGAGAAGCACACAGCGCAUGGCGCGGGCAAUGGGCUGCGCUUCGGGCUGAGCAGCAUGCAAGGUUGGCGCGUGGAGAUGGAGGACGCGCACACUGCGGUGCUGGGCGUGCCGCCCGGCCUGGACGACUGGUCCUUCUUCGCAGUGUAUGACGGGCAUGCAGGCUCGAGAGUCGCCAACUACUGCGCGGCACACCUGUUGGAGCACAUCACUGCAGCAGAUGCCUUCCAUGGGGGCCCCGGAGCCCCUGAACCUCCAGCCGAGCACGUCAAGCAGGGCAUCCGAGCCGGCUUCCUGCAGAUAGACGCAGCCAUGCGUGACUUCGCCGACCUGCGCAACGGGCUGGACCGCAGUGGCUCCACAGCUGUGGGCGUGCUGGUGUCACCGCGCCACCUCUUCUUCAUCAACUGCGGGGACUCGCGUGCUGUGCUAUGGCGUGCAGGCCGCGUGUGCUUCUCCACGCAGGACCACAAGCCGUGUGACCCUCGCGAAAAGGAACGCAUCCAGCGCGCGGGUGGCAGUGUCAUGAUCCAGCGUGUCAAUGGCUCACUGGCUGUGUCCCGUGCGCUCGGUGACUACGACUACAAGUGCGUAGAUGGCAAGGGCCCCACCGAGCAGCUUGUGUCUCCCGAGCCAGAGGUUUUCGACGUGCCACGCGCCGAUGAUGACGGCUUUAUUGUGCUGGCCUGCGAUGGCAUCUGGGAUGUGAUGACCAAUGAGGAGCUCUGCGACUUUGUGCAGUCCCGCCUGCAGGUGUCAGAUGACCUGGAGAGCGUGUGUAACUGGGUGGUGGACACCUGUCUGCACAAGGGAAGUCGAGAUAACAUGAGCAUUGUACUAGUUUGCUUUUCCAACGCCCCCAGGGUCUCAGAUGAAGCCGUGAGGAAAGAUUUAGAGUUGGAUAAGUACUUGGAAUCCCGGGUGGAAGAGAUCAUGGAGAAGUCUGGAGAGGAAGGGAUGCCUGACCUUGCCCAUGUCAUGCGCAUCUUGUCUGCAGAAAACAUCUCAGAUUUGCCUCCUGGGGGAGGCCUUGCUGGCAAGCGCAGUGUUAUUGAAGCUGUUUAUAGUAGGCUGAAUCCACAUAGAGAAAGUGAUGGGGGUGCUGGAGAUCUGGAAGACCCAUGGUAGCCUUAUACACCUUCUAACAUGCUUUUGAUUCUGAAAAGUGGGGGAAAAACUUUUAAUCACAAUUUUCUUCAAUACAAGGGGAAAAUGUUCUUGUGGAUUCCCAACGUUGUGUGAUCUGAGCAGAAAUCCUUAGCGUUUCCCAUUAUUUGUCCACCUUUGUGUUUUCUGCCGUCACAGCUGUGGUGUGACCUGGACUGCAGUGUCUCGCCGCCUCAGGCAGGCUGGUCUGUUCCGAACUUUGGUUCCCAGAAACCAGUGGAGUGAUUCACCGCAGAUAACAAGUGUACCUGAGGUGUGUAGGGACAGCGUCAGCUGUGCUCUGAAGAUACAUUAUGGUCUUAUUUUUUCAUGACACACACACAACACAUAAGCAUGUGUGAGCAGAGGAUUGUGUGAGACGCUCCCUUUCUCAGCUCACCAAGGUGGAAGCCCUUUGCAGCUCUGUGGCUAGAAAUUUCACUCGAGCAAUUUCUUACAGGAUAUAUAUAUAUACAUAUACAUAUAUAUAUAUAUAAUUAAUUGUUAUUUAAUUUUUCCCAAUCUUAACCUGUAUUGCUAACUGGGUUCUCCAAUAAUGUCCAAACUGUAAUGUUGCCUGCUUCAAGAUAAAGUGCAUCUGGCAAUCACACAGAUUCUCCACAUGCACCAGCUACUUCUCAACUCUCCCUAGAAAAUCUUCUGAAACCAAAUGGAUUAAUUUAUGGCUAUUUAUAAUUUGCUUUGACAUCUCACUGCUGCAAACAUUUUUUUAAAUGAGGAGACUCGCCUUUAUAAUGUAAAUUGUGAUUUUUUUUUUUUUUGGUUUCAUAUGUGGGUUUCUUUCAAUUUUUCAGCUUUUAAGAUACAACUUUUGUGUAAUUCAGUAUAAUUUUUAAUUGUUUUAGUUAUUUUAAAAGCUCAGAAUAUCACAUUGAAAUGACUAUAAAUACAUUAUAAAUGAUCUAUUUUAGAUCUAAGGAAAUAUUACAGAGAUAUUUUCAUGGGUUCAGAAGCCUUUCACUUUAUACCUUGGGCACAGUACAGAGAGGCUGUCACAUAAGGUACUUGAAGAUUUAGUUCAAUUCUAUUUUUACAAUGACCUUGGAUUCUUGAAUUCUCUGGGUUUUGCAUGUAUUCACUUACUGCUGGACUCGAAGGGUAAAUGCUUAUCUCAGAGGCUUUUGGGGUGGGGAUGGUUGUGUCCACCUGCACACGGCUUCCAUGUUGUACGGCUUCGUGAGCCUCUCCUCAGCGUCUCUGUCCAGUCUCUGCGGGGUGUGGUCGCCCCUGUGUGUGGUCAGACCGAGUGUCACCUGGUCCUGUGUGAACUGGAAUUCCUGGUGUCUCCCUCGGCGUUUCCCUGAAGCUGUCCUGCAGAGUCGCACCCUCCCUCCUCCUGUGCGCCUGGGGUUUGGUCGAAAAGAAACCAUCGCCACAGUCUAUUAUUUAUUCUCUAGAGUGUAUAUUAAGAGUGCUUCACACGAUGGUGUUUAAAGCUCCCAUCCAUUUACUGGGCUUGGGAGUUGUUACAAGGCAGAGAAUGGGAUGUGCAGGACGGCUGUGUAGUGUCCACUCUGGUCCACCCUGUUCGCAGCACCUCCUGUGGUCUUGUGAUGUUUCAUACACUGCAGUGAACAUAACCAACUUGUUAACUAAAUAAAGAAUUGAUAAAAACAGUG